UUGGUGACAGUGAGGUUCAAUAAGCUAGCUGCUGUAAACCGUGAGUUCGUCGGCCAUUUAACAAGCCAAAUAGCCCAGGCCGUGAGCUCAUUGAACACUAACCCCCCCCCCCACAAGCAGCUCGUCACAUACCGGUGUUCAGUUCAGCAGCCAACGAGAAGACACCCGCAAACAUGUCCAAAGAGAUGGAAGGGAAGAGCGAGAAAAUCAUGGAUAUGGAGAGCAAGGUGCUGUGGUACCCGGACUCCAAGAGGAACACACAGAUGGACAAGUUUAGGAUACAGGUCAACGGAAACUACGGUCUUAAUCUGGCAAACUACACUGACUUGUACCAGUGGUCGGUGGACAACUAUCCAGAGUUCUGGGCAGAGGUUUCUCGUUUCUGUGGUGUGGUCUGUUCCAAACCAUAUGAGGAGGUGGUGGAUGCAUCCAAGCGGAUCUCAGAUGUUCCAGAGUGGUUUAAAGGGGCUCGCCUCAACUAUGCAGAGAACCUGCUCAAACAUGCAGACCAUGAUAAAGUGGCUCUUUAUGCUGCGCGUGAGUUAAAUGAUGAGAUUGUGAAGGUGACGUUUGGUGAGCUCAGGCGGGAUGUGGCGUUGUUCGCUGCAGCCAUGAGGAAGAUGGGUAUCCAGACUGGAGACAGGGUUGUAGGCUACCUACCCAAUGGUAUUCAUGCAGUGGAGGCCAUGUUAGCUGCAGCCAGCAUCGGAGCCAUUUGGAGCUCCACGUCUGUGGACUUCGGAGUCAAUGGUGUCCUUGACAGAUUUUCUCAAAUCCAGCCAAAACUCAUCUUCUCUGUCGCCGCCGUGGUGUACAAUGGCAAAACACAUGACCACAUGGAAAAGCUUAUCAGUGUUGUCAAAGGUCUGCCCGACUUGCAGAAAGUUGUUGUUAUUCCCUACGCUCGCUCCAAACACGGGACAGACCUCUCCAAGAUCCCUAACAGUGCAUUUCUAGAUGAUUUUUUGGCGUCCGGGUUUGGAGACAGUGAGCAGUUUCCUCAGCUGGAGUUUGAGCAGCUUCCAUUUAGUCAUCCUCUAUUCAUCAUGUACUCGUCUGGAACCACAGGAGCUCCAAAAUGUAUGGUCCAUUCUGCUGGGGGGACACUCAUCCAGCACUUGAAGGAACACAUUCUCCAUGGCAACAUGACCAGCAGUGAUGUCAUCAUUUACUACACAACGACAGGUUGGAUGAUGUGGAACUGGCUGGUGUCUGCUCUGGCAGUGGGAGCCUCAGUGGUUUUAUAUGAUGGUUCACCACUAAUGCCCACACCUGAUGUGCUGUGGGACCUGACAGACCAGCUGGGCAUCACUAUCUUUGGUACUGGGGCCAAGUGGCUGUCUGUGCUGCAGGAAAGGAACCUGAAACCCUCGGAAACACACAACCUGCAGUCUCUCCACACCAUCCUGUCGACCGGCUCUCCUCUCAAACCUCAGAGCUACGAUUAUGUCUACCGCUGCAUCAAGAGCAACGUGCUGCUGGGCUCCAUCUCAGGUGGCACUGACAUAGUGUCAUGUUUUAUGGGGCAGAACCCCACAGUUCCAGUGUAUCGGGGCGAGAUCCAAACAAGAAACCUCGGCAUGGCUGUGGAAGCCUGGGGCCUCGAUGGUAAGCCUGUGUGGGGAGAGAGCGGGGAGCUCGUCUGCUUGAAGCCGAUCCCCUGUCAGCCAACACACUUCUGGAAUGACGAGAACGGCAGCAAAUACCACAAAGCAUACUUUUCUUCAUAUCCUGGUGUAUGGGCUCAUGGAGACUACUGUAAAAUCAACCCCAAGACUGGAGGCAUUGUCAUGCUGGGCAGAAGUGAUGGCACAUUGAACCCAAAUGGAGUCCGAUUUGGCAGCUCAGAGAUCUACAACAUUGUCGAGGCUUUCGAGGAAGUGUCGGAUAGUCUUUGUGUUCCUCAGUACAGUGCGGAUGGAGAGGAGCGAGUUAUAUUGUUCUUGAAGAUGGUGCCCGGUAAGCCCUUCUAUCCCGAGCUGGUGGCAAAAAUUAAAGGAGCCAUUAGAAAAGCUCUGUCUGCCCGACACGUGCCUGCACUGCUGCUGGAGACCAAAGACAUUCCUUACACCAUCAGUGGUAAGAAGGUGGAGGUGGCAGUGAAGCAGGUGAUUGCUGGACGAGAGGUGGCACAAAGAGGAGCUUUCUCCAAUCCUGAUUCACUGGACCUUUACAAGAACAUUCCCGAACUGCAAAACUUUUAGAGACGAGGCUUCACAGGGGUGGAGAGAAACGGUUUUAAUUGAUCUUCAUUCGCAUUUAUAGGAACAGGGAGACGUGCAGAUCAGAGUAUGAGGAUAGUUCACACAAGGUACAGGGCAUAAAAGGAAAAAAAACAACUAAGUCAAAAAUGUUUAUAAGAGUAAUAUGCCUGUGGUGUCAGGCAGACAAGAAACACUAAGAUGUUACAUUACAUCUCCUUAAGCUAGCUUCCAAUCAAAU